AUGCCGCGCUGGCCCGUGCUGCUCUUCCUGGCCUGGGUGUCGCUGCUCUUCGCGGCCGGGCUCGGGCUCUUCCUGAGCGGCUUCCUGCUGACGCGCGCGGAGCUGCCGCAGCGCAGCUCGUGCGCGGAGCCGCCGGGCCCGGGCCCGGGGCCGUGGCCGUGGCGCGGGCAGCGCCCGCCGCGCUCCUGCUGGCUGCCGCGCCGCUUCGCCCGGGCCCUGCUCGUGCUCAUCGACGCCCUGCGCUUCGACUUCGCCGCCGCCGCCGCGGCGCGCGGCCGCCCGCGCCACUACCACGGCAAGCUGGGCGUCCUGCGGCAGCUGGCGGCCGCGCAGCCCCGCCACGGCCGCCUGUACCGCUUCCGAGCCGACGCGCCCACGGCCACCAUGCAGCGCAUCAAGGGCCUCACCACCGGCUCGCUGCCCACCUUCGUCGACGUGGGCAGCAACUUCGCCAGCUACGCCAUCCGCGAGGACAACCUGCUGGCGCAGCUGGUGCACAACGGAAGGAGAGUGGUCUUCAUGGGAGAUGACACUUGGGAAGGACUCUUCCCCAAGAUGUUUCACCGCUCGUAUUUCUUCCCUUCUUUUAAUGUGAAGGAUCUUCAUACUGUCGACAAUGGGAUCCUGCAGCAUCUCUAUUCAACCGUGGAUGGUGGCGAGUGGGACUUGCUCAUUGCCCACUUCCUCGGUGUGGACCAUUGCGGGCACAAACACGGGCCUGACCAUCCCGAAAUGGCUAAGAAGCUCCUCCAGAUGAAUGAGAUGCUCAGGACCUUGGUAGAGCGUCUGGGAAAUGACACCCUGCUUGUGGUGGCUGGGGACCAUGGCAUGACGGACACCGGAGACCACGGAGGGGACAGCGAGAAAGAAGUGAAUGCGGCGCUGUUUGUGUACAGCAAAACACCCCUGUUUGGGACUGACCCUCCUGAGGAGCCCGAGGUCGUUCCCCAGGUGAACCUGGUGCCCACCUUGGCCUUGCUGCUGGGCGUGCCCAUCCCCUACAGCAGCAUCGGCGAGGUGAUGGCCGAGCUCUUCGCCACGGACGGCGACGCCGUGUCUGCAGCCUUGCAGCAGCUCGACGUCUAUCACAUCAAUGCCAACCAGGUGGACCGGUUCCUGCGCUCCUACUCGCUGGUGGCGCAGGACCUGCCGACGGAGGAGCUCCAGCAGCUGCAGGACAUCUUCUCCAGCGCCGUGGAGGAGCACGCCCAGCUCGUGGCCCACGUGCAGGAGGAGAAGCCAUCGUCGCCGGAGCUGCAGGCCAGGCUGGGGAGGCUGCUCGGCCGCUUCCAGCGCUACCUGCGGGAGGCGCGGGCCGUGUGCGCGCGGAGCUGGGCCCGCUUCCGCCCGCUGCGCAUGGUGGCCGGCUGCGCCCUCAUUGCUGCCUCCUGCCUGCUCUGCUACGUCGCCUCGGCGCUGCCCGCCGCGCCGGACUCCUUCUACCGCAGCUGCCUCCUGGCCCCGCUGCUCUGGGGCCUGGCCGCAGCCCUGCUGCUGGGGCUGGCCUGUGCUGUCAUGCAGGAGGGGCUGGACCUCCUCGUGGUGUCUUCCUGGGCAGCCGCGGUUUCUCAGGUGGCCUUUUUCUGGCGCUGGUGGGGCCGGCAGCCCAAGCGAGCCCACUCGGCAAGCAGCCAUCCCCCUGUGGCCAGCAUCAGCCUGAGGCAGCGCCUGCAAGCGUGCCCGGCGCUGGCCUUUCCCAUGGGAAUCCUCCUCUUCCGCUGCGGAGCCAUGUUCUCCGACAGCUUCGUGGUGGCCGAGGCCCGGGUCGUCCCGUUCCUGCUGGCCUCGCUGGUCGCGCUGCUGGUGGGGAAGCUCCACUGGGACGGGCGCUUGACGGUGCCCGAGGGCCCCAGGCAGCAGCUCCUCAGCUCCUCCUCGUACCGCAAGGAGAGCUGGCACCUGCUGUACCUCGUGGCCGCGCUCCUGCUCUGCGUGCGCCUCUCCGCCGCCUUCCACCAGUGCCGGGAGGAGAGCCCGCAGUGCCGGCCCUCGCUCUUCCUCGCGCCGCUCGCCGGCCUGCGGGACGCGCGGGCCAAGAACCUCUUCUACCUGGCGUGCGUGGCCGCGCUCGUGGCGCUGGUGUGCGCGGUGCGGCGCUGGCUGCGCCACUGCGGCAACCUCAACGGCUCCGAGCCCGCCGUGCUCUUCGUGCGCUGGGGCUUCCCGCUGCUCGCCGUCUUCGUCGCCUGCUACUGGGCCGUGGCCUCCAGCGCCGAGGACUCGCUGGGCAAGCUGCAGGAGCUGGUGCAUGUGGCGCUCGUGGCCUUCCCGUGGGCCGUCUACGGGCUCGUGGGCGCCGGGCUGCUGCUCGUGCUGUGCAAGCCCGUGACGGUGUUUGCCAAGGACACGCGGGAGACGGCGGGGCCCAUCGUCACCCCCUACCUGGGCGUUGCCAGCUCCGAGGUCGACUUCCUGCACGUCAUCCCGCAGAUCUACAGGAGGAUGCAGGAGUCCCUGAAAAGCCACCUGGAGCGGGGUGGCUGCGGGGCCGCCGUGGCUGCCUACGGGCUGGGCAGCGUGUACUCGGCUGCCCUGGUCAUUGCACUGACCCUGCUGGCCUUCCUCCUGCUGCUCCUGCACAGCGAGCGGCUCAGUCUCGCCUUCCUGCUCCUCUUCCUGGAGGCCUUUGUGCUCCUGCACAUCCACGCCCGUGCCAGAAGCCUCGCUGGAGAUGCUGAGCCUUUUUCAGUGCCCUGGUAUGCGGUCAUCUCCUGGCUCCUUGCUGCUUCCCAGUUCUUCUAUUCCACAGGCCACCAGCCCAUCUUCCCAGCCAUCCACUGGAACGCAGCCUUUGUGGGCUUCCACCUCGACCACAGCACAAACCUGCUGCCCGCUCUCCUGGUGGGCGCCAACACGUUCGCCUCCCACAUCCUCUUUGCAGUCGGCUGCCCUCUGCUCCUGCUUUGGCCCUUUGUGUGUGAGGCGCCCAGCACACAGAGGAGGAAGGCCAGGAAGGAGCCCCGGGAGGAGCUGCACGAGGAAGAGGAGCACAUGAUGGAGAUGAGGCUGCGGGAGGCCCCGGACAGGUUCUCGGCGGCUCUGCUGCAGCUGGGGCUCAAGUGCCUCUUCGUCCUGGGCAUGCAGCUUCUGGCCUGUGUUUGUGCAGCUCUGAUCCUCAGGAGGCACCUCAUGGUCUGGAAGGUCUUUGCCCCAAAGUUCCUCUUUGAAGCACUGGGCUUCGUGGUGAGCAGCGUCUGCCUCCUGCUGGGCAUCUUGCUGGUGAUGCGUGUGGACUGUGCAGUGAGCGCCUGGUUCAGCCGGCUCCAGCUCAGUCGUGCCAAGGAGGAAGGAGGCGACUCGCUGUGCUGCCAGGGGCGCCCAGCUGCUACACCAAAGAACUUACAUCCAAGACAAUGGACUCUCCAAGGGCUGGACAUGCUCUUGCUUGCUUUCUCUCAUUGACAUUUUCAGUCUUCAGCAGCCAUCCCCGAGCUGCCCCCAUUUGCCUGCUGUUCUUCUGAAUUUGCCGGGAUGACCCUGUGGUUGCUACCAGAACCUGUUGGCUUCCCUUUGGCCCUGGUGAGAGCUGAGCCCUGGGAUGGGGUCCUGUCCUCCCUCCUCUCCCUGCUCGCAGGCACCUUCCCAUGGCACCUUCCCAGGGUUUCACUGCUCCCCGAGCAAAUCCAGGUUGGAAGCCCUUGGAGGUGGGUGGAGGGCAGGCCAGGGCUCUGGGACAAGAUGCAGUCUCUGAUGCUUCUCUCUUGGUGUCACGGUUCAGAGACAAACCAGCCCUGGAGGCAGGUGCUCCAAGGGGUUCGUUUCCAGUCCGUGUCUCCCUUGGGUGCCCGUGGCACGGGAGGUGGCACCCUCAGUGUGCUCCAUGGAGCAGUUUCCAUCCCGUGCUCAAUGGGGUGCUGAAGGCAUCAUGUCCGCACUUCCACCUGCCAGCAAGGAGGGAAAUCUCCCCUGGGAUCCUUCCCAGGUGCCAUGCCGGGGCCGGGACCCUUCAUACCUGUCAUGGGGGAGCGUUUGUGUCUUGUUUGUGCUGCCCAGCAGGAACAUGUUCCCAAAAAUGCACCACACAGUGAAAGACCAAGGCUCCCGGACCGUCUCUGGUGGCCGCCUCUGAGGCAAUGCCGGGAGAUGACGCUGCUUGGGGCCAGUCAACGUGGUGUGUCCCCAUGUCCAGCAGUUACCACCGCUUUGCAUGUCCUUUGCUUCAUCCUCUCUGUUUAUUCCUCCUGGGAUGUUUCCUUUAUUUACUUGAAGGAAUUGUCACGUUCUUGGCGUUUGUCUCCCCUUUCUCUUGGGGCAGCGGUCGGGACCAGGCUGCUCUCUCUUCCUAGGGCUGCCUUGACUCGCUACCCGGAUUGCAGGAAGAUUGUUUUUUAUUUUAUCCACCUCUCUGUGCCUCGGGACCCUAUUUGGGAAUAAAAU